AUCAAAGAAGCCAACGUGCUUUAAGAAUCAGCACAUCCCGGUCCGCUAUCGCAGCAACAAGAAGGCGUGGAUGACCCGCGACCUGUUCGAAGAAUGGCUGCUCGAGUUCGACAGUUUAAUUGAAGGCCAAGGAAGAAAAGUAGUGUUGCUACUUGACAACUGUAGCGCACACAGCGUUAACCCGAAGCUAACAUCUGUAGAAUUGAUGUUUCUGCCUCCGAAUACUACGGCAGGCCUUCACCCGUUGGAUGCCGCCGUGAUCACCAACUUAAAAGUCCUGUAUCGGCGGCGCAUGCUGGAGUGGCUAAUUUUAGCCAUUGACCGCGCAGCUCCUGGAACGUCGGGUCAUGCAGACGGGCCCCCUGACCUGAAGAUCAGCCUUUUGAAAGCCGCGCGCUUCGUUUACGGUGUAUGGUAUGAAGUAAAGCAGUCAACCAUAUACAACUGCUUCAAAAAGGCGGGCUUUGUGCGUCAGGACGAACUUCCCCAACCCACUGAGACCAACACGGUGGAAGCCGCCGACAUAACCGAGCUCUGGGAGCUCGUUCCUACUGGUGACACAGGUGGUGCGUCGAUGGAGGAGUUUUUGACUGCAGACAGUGCUGCCUCGUUCUGCGAUGAGGUCACCGACGAGGCGAUCACCGAAGAUGUGCUGUCUCGACAGACGGCAAAGUUGUGCGACAAUGGCGACGGCAGCAGCGACAGUGACAACGAGAUUGGCAGUGGCUCCUUGACCCCGACCACGAUGUCCACGCAAAGUGCACUGUCGUCGAUCGACUCCUUAAUUGAUUUUAUGCAUGCCAAAGGAUUGCCGCCAGUGUUCGCGCAGCAGCUGGAAUCCAUGCACACCGCGGUUGUGAAGCUGAAGCUGCCGCAAAAGCAAGUGCAGAUUUCGGACUAUUUCGGCGCGCCUAACCCUUGACACGGUCAUUGGCGCUACAAAUAAAGUUUGUUUUUCACAGCCGA